AGCGCCGCGCGCCUGCCAGUCUGUCACGCUCUUCCUCUGCAGCGAGAAGUGAUUGGGUAGCGCGGCUGCGCGGCUGCUCUCGCCGCGGGAGUAGGAGAAGGGGGUCGCGCGCGCUCUCGCGUUCUGCUGUUCGACUACCGUUGCCGCGAAGGGACAUGUGAUCGGGGGAGCGGGCUCUGAGUACAACGCACUGGAGAAGCGGCCUGUUUCUUCCUCCUCUUCCUGUCUUCGCGCGAGGCCUUUAGCCCGGAGAUAUCAGACGCGCCACGGAGGCGCCGAGGGCCGGAGUCUCCAUGUUGAGGCCGCAGUAGCGGAGCCUCAGGCCGACCUGCCUCGUUUACUCGCUCACUCGCUUGCUCGCUCGCUCGCUCGCUGUAAGGUGCCGCCAGGUUGUAUUUCAUAACAGAAAUGAAGAACAGAAAGCAAUGUGUGCAAAAUUCUGAUGAUGAAAAAUAUGAAGAUUCGGAAGGUGAAGAAAAUGAAGAAAACUGUUCCUGUUCUUCUAGCAUUUUAUCAGAUGAAGAUGAUAGGUGUCCCAUCUGUCUAAACUGCCUGGCAGAGCAAGAAGUUGGUUUUCCUGAAAACUGCAGUCAUAUUUUUUGCAUGCCCUGCAUCCUUAAAUGGGCUGAAACCAGGGCUUCAUGUCCAGUUGACCGAAAACAGUUUCAAGCUGUAUAUAAGCUAAACACACUGGAAGACUGUAUAAAGGUUCAGAUAAAGCAACAAGUAAGCAAAAAAGAUGACCUACAUAGCUGUGGUGAGGGCAAGUACUGCCCUUUGAAUAUUAAAAACUGCACAAGAAAACAAAAAAAUGUAAGCAGAAGACCUUUACCAGCAAUUGUCUGUAAAGGCUGGAACCAAAAACGCAAUUCUUCAAAUGAGGAAGAAGAUAAACAUUCUGUGAAGAAAAGCAAGCCCAGAAGGCAGACUUGCUCAAACAGACUCAGAAGUAACUUCUGUGGUAGAUUUUCUCCUAAUAGUAGUUUCCCUGGACAAUUGCCAAACCAUCAAAAUGAGUGUAUAGAGAACAGCAAAAUUGACACAAUUAUUGGACACAAGAGAAGAGAACUGGAGCUGUCAUGUUCUGUACUAGCUAGAGUGACAAGAAUUCCCUCCAUGCCCUGUGAAACAGAAAUGACAGCCUGUCUUCUGGUUUCCACUGUUAUGGUGGGAGCUGUCUUUUCAAUAAGUACUACACCUUUGGAAAACUUUGGAACUUCAAAAAAGGGACAUAUUGUUACCUAUGUCCAGGAAGGAGAAGAAAAAAAACAGACUUCCGGUACAGCUGGCACAAGAGGAACAAGAAGGAAAGUUUCAGAUACUACUCCUAGGCGAAGAUCUGCCAGGAAUGCUAAAACAGAAACACCAAGUCAAUCACAGAGUUUACCAAAAACAAGUAGUUCUGGAUGUGAUGCUAGUGGUGAUGGUAGCUCAUUUGUGAGUGCUUCUUGUACAGAAUCUGAGAAAUUACCUCCAAAACGGAAGGGUAAAAGAGGAGCUAAGCAACAGGAACCUUUAGUUAAAAAGAAACUCAGAAGUUCUGGACGGUAUGGAAAGACAUCCGGUGAUCUAGUAGAUGCUGAUGAAUCAGAUGAAACCAAAAUAACUCUGCUACUAGAUAAAAGCAAUUUACCAGACAGUGAAAAUAGCACCUCUGGCUUUAGUCACAAAAAUGAUGAGGAAACUCAGUCUGCUAAUGGCUUGGAAAACUCCAAGGACUCUGUUGAAUGUAAGGAAGAACCUAUAAGAGAUCCCGCUGAAGAGCAAGAUACUUCAGACAUCUUAGACAAUAGUUCCUGUUUUGAAGAUCCUCCUUUGCUCACCCUAGAGGAAGAUGCUGCUUCAUAUGUUCAGGAUCCUCCUUUGCUCACUUUGGAGGGAGGCACUGAAAAAUGUGAAGUAAAAGGUGGCACUGUGUUUGAAAAUAAGCCAUACAAUAAAAAUCCAGUUGAAGAAGUGGAUCAACCUUUACAUGUUUCUAGAGAAAAAUUGUCUGACAAUAUAAUAGCACUUGCACAUCAGCCUCAAGAAUUAGAUAGUCCUACUAAUGAAUUGCCAGUGAAAGUGGAACCUGUGGCAAUAAAAGAUAGCCCUUUGGAUAGUCCAGGAGACAAAUUGCUGGAGAAAUCAGAGCACAUGUCAAUAUCAGAUGACUCUGUUCCUGGAACUGAAUUGCUUGAAGGAACAGAAUCCACGGCAAUAGCAGACAAGCCAUUCUCUGAUCCUGGAGAUGUGUUCCUGGAGGAACAAAGAACUGUGGUAAUAGCAGAUGAGCCAGUGUCUGGUUCUAGAAAUGAAUUACUAAAGGGAACAGAAUCAUUGGCAAUAGGUGAGAUUUCGGAGAGUCCUAAUGAUGAAAUGCCAGAGGAGCCAUUGUUUAGUCAUUCUUCUGAGAAUGAAUUGCAAGAAGGAAUAGAAUUUGACACAGUAGUCAAGGAGCCAUUAGAUAAUACCACAGACAAUUUGCAGGAGCUUCCAGUGUCAUUAGAGAUAGAAGAUACUAAAACUGAAAAAGAAGCAAAUAUCCAUGCAGAUAAUGAAAAUCUAAAAGGUACUGAUUUAUUAAUAAAUGUUAUAUCAGAAGAUAAAUGUAAUCAAUCUUUAGAAGGGGCUAGAGAGGAAUCUGGAAGUGGUACAUCAUCCAAGAUAGAUACUCAAGAUAGUACAUAUUUGAGCAAAGAUGACAAUGAGAUAGUAGCUAUGGAAUGUGACUCAUUUAGUAGUGACCAGAAUGAAUUUCUGAUAGAUCAGCCAAUAGUGAGUGAUAGUGUAGUGCAAGAGGCAAACUCUUUAGCACAUCAUACUGAAAAUUCUAUAUCCUUUUCAAGUCCUGACAAGAAAGAAGAAACAGAUGGUUCCUCAGAACAUAAAAAAGACAAAAAGACCCGAACUAGAAGAUCAAGAUUUCAUUCUCCAUCGACAACUUGGUCUCCAUCCAAAAGAGAGGGGAAAAGAUCUCAAUCUCCAUCUCCCAAAAGGGAGAUUGUGGUUGAAGGCAGGAUGCCUCGGUCUCCCAGAAGGGAUACUUCCAAAGAAAGGCAAAGAUCUCUGUCACAGUCUCCAAAAAGAGAUUCUGUGGCUGAAAGGCAGAGAUCUCCAUCUGGUUCUCCAAAAAGAGAUGAUGAAAGCAGUCAUCCUGCAACAGAAGGAAAGAGGUCUCCAUCCAGUUCCCCUAAAAGAGAACCCCUGAGAGAAGGUAGGAGAUCUCCAUCUGUUUCCCCUAAAAGGGAUCUUCUCAAAGAUGGGAAGAGAUCUCCAUCCAGUUCUCCUAAGAGGGAUCCUCUGAGAGAAGGAAGGAAAUCUUCUCGGACACGAGCUAAAGAUUCUUCUCCAAGACACAAAUGUAGAUCUCAAAGCAGGGAUAGAGAUAGUGAUAAAGAUGGGUUAAGAAGAGAUCAUGAAAGAGAGAGUAGGAGGAGGAGAUGGUCACAGUCUCGAUCAAGAUCGAGAUCUAGGUCCAGAUCCAGGCCAAGAAGUAAAGGCCCUUCAUUUCCUAGAAAUGAGAGGGAUGGCUAUUCACCUCCAAGAUGGAAAGACCGGUGGACAAAUGACAACUGGAGAAGUCCCAGAGGAAAUGAUAGAUAUAAAAGAAAUGAGCAGGAGAAGCUGACAGAGAGUAUGAAAAAAGAGAGGGACAGUGCAAACAAAGAUAAUGACAAACAAUAUUCUUCUGAGCAGUAUAGGAAAGAUUAUCCAGACUGGGUAAUGGAAAGGAUAAAUUCAGUUCCAGAAAUGAGGAACAGAGAAAGAGACAAUUUUAAAAGUCAACAGUGGGAAGAAAAUAGGCACAAUAAUUCAGGGACUCCUUGGAAUAGAAACUUUGGAUCUGGUUGGAAUUCAAAUCGUGGCAGAGGUGGCCGUGGCAGAGGCGGCCGUGGCAGAGGCGGCUUUAUGUAUGGAGACCAGGCUGAAAAUCGCUGGCAAGCUAGGAAGCCCCAUUCAGGGAAUGCAAAUAGCUCUGGAAAUGACAGUUCCAGAUUUCCAGACCAUCAGCCAUACAAACGUAAGGCGGAACAAGACAUCUCUUUUGAUACACCCGCUGAUAGGUCGGGAUGGACAUCUGCAUCAAGCUGGGCUGUAAGAAAGACUUUACCAGCGGAUGUACAGAAUUAUUAUUCAAGGAGAGGAAGAAAUUCUUCCAGCCCACAGUCUUCAUGGGCAAAACAAGAAGAAGUAGUGCCUGAGCAAGAUCCAAAUUUCAAAGACCAAGCCAAUCAACAAGGUGAUAGUUCUCAACUACCAAUAAAUGUGCUGCAGCCUCAGAUGAAUGUAAUGACACCUGUAAAUACACAACAUCAGCCAAUGAGUAUCUUUCCAUAUCCAAUGGGUGUUCCUGCUCCAAUUAUGAACAUACAACACAAUCCAUUUAACCUUCCUCCACCAGUGCCCAUGCAUCUUCAUACAGGAGUGCCUCUCGUCCAGGUAGCGGCUUCAACCAAUGUGUCUCAGGGACCACCACCACCUCCACCACCUCCGCCACCAUCCCAGCAGAUUAACUAUGUUGCUCCCCAGUUGGAUGGAAAACCAUUGCAGGCCAUUCCUAGUACUUCUCAUGUUGCCAACAACAUGAGUUCGACACUCUUGCCUGCUCCAGCAGCAACUCUGGGAAGCAUGGAAACAUUUCAGGGACCAAGUUCUGGUAAUGCAACAUCAUCAAGUAACAUCAAAUCCUCUAAUGCUGCUGUAAAAUUGGCUGAAAGCAAAGUAAGUGUAACAGUGGAAGCCAGCGCGGAUAGCUCCAAGAAAGACCAGAAAUUGUUAAUUCAGGAAAAAGCCGCACAAGAAGUGAAGCUAGCUAUUAAGCCUUUCUAUCAAAAUAAAGACAUUACUAAAGAAGAAUAUAAAGAGAUUGUAAGAAAAGCAGUAGAUAAGGUUUGUCAUAGCAAGAGUGGGGAAGUGAAUUCCGCAAAAGUGGCAAAUUUGGUAAAAGCUUAUGUGGACAAAUAUAAACAUUCACGGAAGAAAAAUCCAGAAGAGCCUAUUUCUAUGGAAAGGAAAUAAGUGUAGACUGAAAAAUGCCAUCAAGAUGUCUGCAAAGUGCAAUUUUGACAUGGACUAUUAACUAAAAAUAGUGGUUGAAAUCUGAUUUUGAUAAAAUUAUUUUUCAAUAUAGUGUAUAAUGUUUUGUUAUAAAUAAAUAUAGAUUAAUGCUGCAACUUCUUUAUCCUUUUGCAAAAGGAUAUGUAAAGAGAAACUAAAAAGAAUAAAGGAGCGUGCCCUCUCACUAGUAAUAUACAAUUGUGUUGAAUGCCACAUGUACAGGAUUUUGGUUCAAACAGUAGUGUAUAGAACUGUUUGUCAGAAUACAGUGAUUUGGACAGAUAUGUACAAUGUAUGUAAAUCAGUCAGGGAAAAGAUUCAGGGCAAAUUUUUCUUUGGUGGUCCUCCUACUUCCCUUCCUAUUAUAGCAAAAUUGUUUUGCCUCAAUUUUCAGGGUUAAAAUAUGUGUUUUAAAAGCACAUUGUCUGAGCAGAACAACUCUUCAAACAAAACAAUAACUCUGCAAAAGUAAUUUUUCUUUCCUGAAAUCAUGAGUGUAGUAUUUCUAGUGGAACACCAAAUAAAGGUUAUGCUGCUGCUUGUUUUGUGGCUUUUCAAUCCUUGUUUUGAGGAGUUAGAUUAAAAACAAGUUUAGUUCUGAAAGGCAUGGUGCAGGCAACCAAAACUAGUGCUUAGUGUUCAACCUACUUUGGGGAAAUGACCUUUGGAGUAUACUGUGAGUUUGAAAGGUUUCCUGUGCUUGAUUUUUUUAUUCAGGUAUUAAUUGCCUAGCUUAAAUUUUGUCUGGCAUUGUUCAAUUGGGUACACUUUAUUUUUAUUUUCCCACACCUUGAGAUAAAACAUUUGCUCUGUAUAACAUGUGAAUUGUGUAAGCAAUAGCCAUAUAAGGUGUGGCAUAGCAUUACCAGUUUUGGUCCAAUGUAAGCAGCUGUAUGGCCGAGCCAUGUGAUAUAAAAGCAGAAUAAUGUGUGAUAUGGAUUCUAUCAUGAUGAAGGCUGCAUAAUAGAUUGCCAAGCUCAUGCCAUUAUGUCCUCACACUAGUAUAAAUGCAUGAGGCAGAGUUUUAUACAGAACCUUGUAUCUGAGUGAUCCUAAGUAUUAUAUAAUGGAAUGCAGUGAAGCUAGUAUGGCUGCUAGGCAGGAAAUCAUACAUACCACAGUUUACUUGCAGUGUCUUAUUUGGACUUCCAGGGCAUAGAAAGUCAUCAUUAGGUCCCUGUGGAAGUUAUGGAGAACUAAGGGAAUAAAAAGGCCUUGAUUUGGAAAAAGUGCUGUUACAAUGUGAUUAAUCUUCCCAGUGAUUCAUUGCAGUAACUAUGAUGUGUACCGUGCUUGGUAUACAGGUUAGUUGCAUGUUUAAACAGAUAAGAACAACCGUUUAGCCAUGUGUUCCUGAGUGCAGUCCCACUUGUGGCAGGCUCCACAGAAGGCCAAGGCUGAUGAUAACUUAAGAAAUAUGGAAUACAGCAAUGUCAAAAUAGUUAAUCCACUUGAUUACUUCGCAGACAAUGAACUGCUUGGCUGUAUUUUGUGUGUAACUAAAGAUAAUAUUUAUCUUAUGAAGUCUUUUUAGUGUGGAUGCUUUUUUUUACAGUCAAACACUAUGUUUUAGACUUCUGAAAAAAAGUUUGUGUUAGACUAGUAGAAAUUUUAAUGAUAUUUCAACCUAUUUUUAGCCAAAUCUGGCUGGCACUUGAGGGAAAAAAAUGUAGAAAUUGCAAUGCCAAUUUUGUUUAAUCACACCAUAUGUAUUUAUACUUAAUACAUUCUCCCAACUAUUGAAGUUGAAUUUUGGGGUGUUGGAUACCUUUACUCUGUACAGAAUCAGUGUAGAUGUAACAUUUCUUCAUCUUUGUGAAACUUGGCAUCUGCUUCUUACUAUCUUGCCCCUCAGACCUGAAGGCUCUUCACUUUUCCUUUUUUCUACUAAUUAUGGCUAAGCUAUCUUUGCCAGGGUGGACAUGGAUCAUAAUAUGCUUUAAAUCUGAGUGUGAGACCUGUAUCUGACUACAGUGUCUCACUUUGAUUCCAGUUCAGUUUGGUGCUGAGAGAGCAAUAGUCAUAGUAAGUGCUGACAAGGAAGGAAGGGAUGAAUUCAAAGAGGAGGAAAGGAAGUAGAGCUCCUGAGGCAUAACUUAUUCUUCACAGUGGUUAAGAGAUCAGAAAGCGUCCAUGCCAAGCCACAGUUGAGCAUUCAUUAUGCUCCUAUCAGGAAAUCUUUUCCAAGGAGUAAUUUCAUGAAGAAUUAAUAUACCCCCUUUCCCUCUGUUCCUGCAUUGUGACUAUGGCAGAUUUUUAUGGCAAACUUUUAUUAGUUCCUACCCUAAUGCGAAGUAUUGGCUAGUAUGCAGUCAGCCUAUAUUACAUAAAUAUUUUUAAAUUUCAUGCCAAAAUAUGCAGCCCUUUCACAUGAGGAGUUCAGAAAUCCAUUGUCUUAGCAUGUAGGCACACUGAGCAGAAUAGGAUAUGCUCCUCUCCUGUUGGCUUAUGCACUGUAUGCAGGGAUGGGCACCAUCCUUUGCUGGAUUCAGAAUGGAACGUGUCUCAUCAGAAUGUUGAUGCUACAAGAAGGGUCCAGUCACUUGUCCUGGUCAAACUGAUGGCAUCUGGCCCUCCCCAUCAUCAUGUCAAUACUGAAUUGCCCAUCUUCCAUGCUGAUCACCCACCGUGUGAUGUAUGCAUAACUGGAUUGGGCCAAUCUACUCUGUCUUCCUGAGAAAAUCAAGAUUUCCUGUAACGUGAAUACACAAGGACAUACGUACUCUUAAAUAUGUGGGCAUUUACUGUUGCAAGGCUGCAAUCCUAUGCACAUUGACAUGGGAGUAAGUCCAAGUGAUUUAAUUCAGGAGGACUUCUGGAGUAAAGAUGCAUAGGAUCUGCUAGCAAAAGCCACUUCUGUAUUCCUGCACUAUCAAAUGAAAUUUGCUAAGUGCUUCAUUUUGUCAUUUUCCAACCAUUUCAGUAAUGCUAUAGAAAACAUCAACUCAAAAGAUCUAAAUUGCUGUGAGGAAAUUGAUGAAUUGGAGCUUCUUUAAAUUGUGAUUGUGAGGGAGGAUAUUGGUAUACCGAGCACUCCUUCCAGUCUUUCAAUGUGCAUGUGGCUUGAAUAUGUCAUAAUUUAAAAAAUACAAAAAAAAAAAGUCAAGAGCACAGUGGCUGAUCUAACUCCAGGCUAUGGUGUCUGUAGCAUAAGGCUGGAAUAAAGUCUACUGAAACAAUAUUCUAAAGAGUUUUAUGUAGUUCAGAAUAUUUUCUAAUAAAUUCUUUUGACUAA